ACGCUAGAAAUCGCCACUUCAAGAUUCUUGAAGCAAGAAAGCCUUACGAGGACGUUCCCGUUAGCUUGGGAUUAUGUAUCGCAAUAUAAGCAUCAUGCUUCUCGUACUUUACGCCGUGGUACUCAUUCUACCGGCAUUUCAAGGCGAGGGGUUUUUGUCUGGGACUGAACAGGAUUUUAGGUGCUGGCAUAAUGUAGAUCCGGCCGGAGCUAUACUUUGCCAACUUCAUGGAUCUAAGGGUAUUUUUAAUUAUCGUCCUGAAUUGUGCAUGGUGACAUGCUCUGAUCCUGACCAGACGCUGACGUUGGCACCGAAAAUUUGCCCCAGCGGUAUGCCGCCCUGCAAUGAAACCAUUAAACAAGGCCUCUUAGAAUGGAAGGAAGAUAUGAAGAAGACCAAAGAGAGACUUAUGAAAGAUUGGUGCCCUGCUUAUCAAGGGAAGUAA